UAAAAUUCUAUCUUUUUUAGGUCCAUGAUCAUUCAAGAGUAUUUGUUCUUGAAAUUGGGACUGAAGAGAUGCCGCCUCAAGAUGUUGUUGAUGCCAGUAAUCAACUGAAAUAUUUAAUGCUGCAACUGCUUGAGCGGCAAAGGUUAAACCAUGGUGAAGUGCAAGCAUUUGGAACUCCACGUAGAUUAGUGGUUGUUGUUGAAAAUCUUUACACAAAACAGGCUGAAAAGGAGGUUGAAGUUCGAGGCCCUCCUGUUUCAAAAGCAUUUGAUCAUGAAGGAAAUCCAACAAAGGCCAUUGAGGGUUUUUCUCGUAGAUACUCUGUACCACUGGACCUAGUAUUCAGAAAAGUCGAUGGAAAAACAGAAUAUGUUUAUGCACGUGUAAAGGAGUCUUCAAGAUAUGCUUUGGAGGUCUUGUCUGAAGAUUUGCCUGCUACUAUUGCUAAAAUUUCAUUUCCAAAGACAAUGCAUUGGAAUUCUCAGGUGAUGUUUAGCAGGCCUAUCCGUUGGAUUUUAGCUCUGCAUGGAGAUGUAGUAGUCCCAUUUACGUUUGCUGGUGUGACAAGUGGAAACAUGUCUUGCGGUCUUCGUAAUACUUCUUCAGCUGUUGUCCAGGUGGAAAAUGCAGAAUCUUAUUCAGUUGCAAUUAACAAUGCAGGAAUCAAAGUUUCAGUUGAGGACCGUAAGAAAAUUAUUUUUGAGCAAUCUAAUGCAUUAGCCAAAGGUGUAAAUGGCCAAAUUCUUAUUCCAAAAGGUUUGCUUGACGAGGUUGUAAAUCUUGUUGAGGCUCCUUUUCCCGUGCUUGGAAAGUUUAAAGAAACCUUCUUAGAUCUUCCAAAAGAUCUUUUAACAAUGGUUAUGCAAAAGCAUCAAAAGUAUUUUGCUGUAUGUGAUGCGAAUGGACAAUUAUUGCCUUAUUUCGUUGCUGUUGCAAAUGGAGCAAUUGAUGAGACUACUGUGAGGAAAGGAAAUGAAGCUGUGCUCAGGGCUCGCUAUGAAGAUGCAAAGUUCUUUUAUGAGAUGGACACUCGUAAGAGGUUUACAGAGUUCCGAAAACAACUGAAAAACAUUCUAUUUCAUGAGAAGCUUGGGACCAUGCUUGAUAAGAUGACUCGUGUUGAAAACAUGGUUGCUGAACUAAGUUGCAUCCUAGAUAUGAGUGAAGAUGUGCAAGAUAUUAUCCGUGAUGCUGCCUCUCUUGCAAUGUCUGAUCUUUCUACUGCAGUUGUCACUGAAUUUACCUCACUUGCGGGAAUUAUGGGCCGCCACUAUGCCCUUAGAGAUGGAUACUCAGAGCAGAUUGCAGAGGCCUUGUUUGAGAUCACGCUUCCUAGAUUUUCUGGGGACACGCUUCCUGAAAGUGAUGCCGGCAUAGUUUUGGCAAUUGCUGAUAGAUUAGAUAGCCUGGUAGGUUUAUUUUCUGCUGGUUGUCAACCUAGUUCCACAAAUGAUCCAUUUGGUCUGCGAAGAAUUUCAUAUGGUCUUGUGCAACUAUUGGUGGAAAAGAAUAAAAAUCUAGAUUUUAAAAAGGCCCUGGAACUUGCUGCAGAAGUCCAGCCCAUUAAAGUAGAUCCUCGUGUAAUCGAUGACGUACUUCACUUUGUUACACGAAGAUUGGAGCAAUUUCUGGUUGACAAGGGGGUGAAUGCAGAGUUUGUGCGGUCAAUCCUUGUUGAAAGAGCAAAUUUUCCCUGUCUUGCAGCAAAAUCAGCAUAUAAAAUGGAAAAAUUGUCAAGUGGGAACCUUUUUCCUAAAGUUGUUGAAGCAUACUCCCGGCCAACUAGAAUUGUCCGUGGGAAGGAAGUUGAACUUCAUGCGGAGGUGGAUGAGGCUGCUUUUGUGACAAAUGAAGAGAGAGUUUUAUGGAACACGUUUUUGUCUGUUAAAAAGAGUAUCCAUCCUGGUCUUGACAUAGAUGAUUUUGUAGAAACUUCAUGUCAGUUGAUACAGCCACUUGAGGAUUUCUUCAAUAAUGUCUUUGUAAUGGUGGACGAUGACAAGAUCAGAGUAAACAGGUUAACUUUGCUAAAAGGAAUUGCUGAUCUUCCUAAAGGAAUAGCAGACCUCACUGUUCUACCUGGAUUUUAAGGAUUGGUAAGAAGAUUAUUUCUUUCUCAGGAAGACCAUAUUAUUUUUUAGGCUCGAAAAGUGCUUCAGCAAUUAGGCUUUAUCUAUUUUUUUCGCCCUCUUGCUUUUUCUGGUCGAAUUUUGACACACUGGUUUAACAGUUUCUUUCAAUCCAUGAGUCUGUAAAUUUCUGUAGCAGUCUAUCGUAUGACGGAUUUGUAAUAUUCUUCUUCAUAGAUGUAAUAAAAGACAAUGUACUUUUUUUAAUA